AUGGCCGACGAUGGCGGCCAGGUGUCGGGAGCGGCCAAAUGUCGGGACAUCGAGGUGCUGCUGGACGACCAUCGCAUGGACGCCGCCGACGGCGAGGCGUUCGUGCAGACGACGGCCGUCAUCUCUGGCUUCGGCGAGCUCACCGCCCGGUCUCCGCAGCCCACAGAGCUUCCAGAGGUACAGCUGCCGGCUCGCUCGGAGGCUGUGUGCAGGGAGAGCUGGGCGGUCUUACGCAGUCAGAUCUGCGCCGGUGGCGUGCCCGGCGGCGGUAAAUCGGUCAGCAUGGGCGACAGCGGCGGCCCGCUCGUCACGCAGCACGCGGGCAUGUACGCCCUGAUCGGCGUCCUCUCCUACGGCAAAUCGUGCGGCCACGCGGGCCUCCCUGAUAUCCUCAUGGGGGCGGCGUCGUUCCUGGACUGGAUCGGGACGUAA